AUGCGCACAGACGCUAAUCACGCAGGCUCUGAAGGUGUCCCUCUGAGAAAUCACAAAGGAGUAGGAUUUGACCAGACAUUGGGAAGGUCUAUUACUAGUAACGCAGGGGACCCACUGUGUGAUUUGGGAUCUUGUUCAGUGACCAUGAAGUUGCUAUUUAAUUCCUCUGAACUCUUACAAAUGCUCAGCAAGAUGAAGCGACUUGCCCAAGGUCGCACAGAAAUAUCAGCAAUGGCAAAGAAAUCACUGGUGAUUGAUGUGGAUGCUGGGGUAGAUGAUGCCAUUGCACUAAUGAUGGCUCUGGAAGCUCCUAAUGUUGAAGUCCUGGGGAUCACUUGCUGUUUUGGGCAUACUUCAGUGGAUAACGUGUGUAAAAAUGUCCUCUGGGUGUUACAAAAGUGUAACAGCUUACAGAUUCCAGUUUAUCAAGGAGCUUCUUCCCCAUUCCUUAAUAAUAUGAAAAGUGAUUCAUUUUUUGGGAAAGAUGGCUUAGGCGAUGUUUCUGAUGCAGAUGCUCCAGGAUUGGACAAACUCCAAGAAGAACAUGCAGUACCUGCAAUGAUCCGAAUGAUUAGUCAACUACCUGGCCAGGUAACUUUAGUAGCCACCGCUCCUUUGACCAAUCUAGCCCUGGCUGUGAAAAUGGACCCAAGCUUUCCUAUGAAAAUUAAAAAUCUGUUCAUAAUGGGAGGAAAUAUGAAUUCCAGAGGAAACAUGGAUACAUGUUCUGAAUUCAAUUUUGCAGCAGAUCCAGAAGCAGCUUACAUCGUCUUAAAUGAGUACAUUUGCCCUACUUACAUCGCAACUUGGGAAUUUGUAUGCAUGCAUGCAUUGCCUUCCGAAUUUUAUGAGCAAUGGAUUUCACAAAAUAGCAAAAAAGCUAAGUUUUUAAAAGAAAUCAAUGAUCAGACUGUGGACGAUUUAAAGGACACAUGGAAAUCUACCACACUGUUUGGGACACCGGGCUAUCUGCCUUCUGAUUGCUUUGCUGUAGCAGCUGCGAUUGAUGAGGACUUCAUCACUAAAGCAAUAGACUGUGCUGUAUCUGUGGAAUUGGCUGGCUUCCACACUCGAGGCAUGAUGGUUUUGGAUACCGAUGACAAGCUUAAGAAGAAAAACAAAGUUUCAAUCAUGAUGGAGUGUAAUAUAGAAAAAUUCAAGGCACUUCUGACAGAUAGUUUGAAAUGA